CAGGCGCCUUCAGGCACGCUUUGUUUUGGGGUCCUGUGCCUUGGCGCUCUCCGCUCCGGGUUUUGUGUGGUUUUUGUGAUUUUUCGCACAUUUACUUUAUUUCUGUCAGCAGAAGCGGCCGAUAUUUGGUUGUUUUGUGGAAUAAGAUCAGAGAUGAACCUCGAGCUGCUCGAGUCGUUCGGGCAGAACUAUCCAGAGGAGGCCGAUGGCACUCUGGACUGCAUCAGCAUGGCUCUGACCUGCACCUUUAAUCGCUGGGGGACGCUGCUGGCCGUCGGUUGUAACGAUGGCCGAAUCGUCAUCUGGGACUUCCUCACACGAGGCAUUGCCAAAAUCAUCAGCGCACACAUUCACCCCGUCUGCUCGCUCUGUUGGAGUAGAGACGGACACAAGCUGGUCAGCGCGUCCACAGAUAACAUCGUGUCUCAGUGGGAUGUUUUGACGGGAGACUGUGAUCAGAGAUUCCGGUUCCCCUCUCCGAUCCUCAAACUGCAGUACCACCCCAGAGAUGCAGAUAAAGUCCUGGUUUGUCCGAUGAAGUCCGCACCGGUUCUACUCACGCUGUCAGACUCCAAACACGUGGUUCUGCCGGUGGACGAUGACUCUGACCUGAACGUGGUGGCUGCGUUUGACCGGCGGGGGGAGUACAUCUACACGGGGAACGCCAAGGGCAAGAUUCUGGUGUUGAACACCGACACGCAGGACCUGGUGGCAUCGUUUCGGGUGACAACAGGGACCAGCAACUCCACGGCUAUCAAAUCCAUCGAGUUCGCUCGCAAGGGCAGCUGCUUCCUCAUUAACACGGCGGAUCGCAUCAUCAGAGUCUACGACGGCAGAGAGAUUCUCACCUGUGGACGAGACGGUGAGCCAGAGCCCAUGCAGAAACUCCAGGACCUCGUCAACAGGACCCCGUGGAAGCGGUGCUGUUUCUCUGGAGAUGGCGAGUAUAUCGUGGCGGGUUCUGCGCGGCAGCAUGCACUCUACAUCUGGGAGAAGAGCAUUGGGAACCUGGUGAAGAUCCUGCACGGAACAAGAGGAGAACUGCUACUGGACGUGGCGUGGCAUCCAGUGCGACCCAUCAUCGCCUCCAUCUCCAGCGGAGUCGUGUCAAUUUGGGCCCAGAACCAAGUGGAGAACUGGAGUGCCUUUGCCCCGGACUUUAAAGAGCUGGACGAGAACGUGGAGUACGAAGAGAGAGAGUCCGAAUUCGACAUUGAAGACGAGGACAAGAGCGAACCUGAGCAGACAGGAGCGAAUGCUGCUGAGGACGAGGAGGUGGACGUGACCUCUGUUGACCCCAUACCGGCGUUCUGCAGCAGUGAUGAGGAGCUCGAGGACUAUAAGGCUUUGCUUUAUCUGCCCAUCGCUCCUGAAGUGGAGGACCCUGAGGAGAACCCGUUUGGGCCACCACCAGACGGCGGGGGUCAGAACCUGUCUGAGGACGGCUCCGCCCACACCGGCGCCGGAGACAAGAAACAAAGACAGCCGUCCGCCGACGGACAACCGCCGAAGAAAAAAGCCCGCACUACCACCAUCGAACUGCAGGGCGUCCCCAGUGACGAAGUGCACCCUCUGCUGGGCGUGAAGGGCGACAGCAAGUCGAAGAAGAAGACAGCGGGGCGUCCGAAGGGAUCGAAAGGUAAAGAGAAAGAUUCUCCGUUUAGGCCCAAACUGUACGGAGACAGAGAGAGGGAGAGAGACAGAGGGUUGGCUGUGGACGGGGCAGUGAAGGGCAGGCCGGAGGCUGUGCCAGCGCCAGGUAACCUGGUGUCCUCAGCAUACAAACAGCACGACGUCCAGGGUUUGGACUGAUUCGGUAAACCCACAGCGCCCCCCACAGUGCGGAGGCCACACGGACAAUAUAUAGAGACUCGGUGCGGCUUACAGAGGCUCCGGCAGGGAACGGGAAUUUUCGGACUCGGCUCUUUCUGUUCCAGGAUCAGUCUGACUGAGUCAUUCCUCCAAAAACACGGCAGCCGCAGCGUCUCGCCGACAGAGGGGACAGGACUGUUUGGAGAAGCCCACUUUUCCUCUGUAGUGUGUUUUUUAUCGAUGCUCUGUGAACUUUGUGUUUUUCAUACAUAUUAAACCGCUUUUGUGUUCUGUGA